UGAUUUACCUUAAUUAUAUUUUAUUUGAAAUAAUAUUUUUUUACAAGCUAUGCACAAUUAAACCUGUCACGCUAUAGUAGCAAAGUUAUAGAGCUAUGUAUGACGCAAUGUAAAUACUUAGAUAUUUUAUUAGCGUAUCGCGAAUUAUACUCUUGAUUCGUGAAUUUUUAGUUACGGUAAGCGAGUUAAAUAAUAACCACAAUCCACAUCGAGCGGCAGUGCUAUAACUAAGUUUUGUUCUUGGAAAUUCGUGCUGUUUAACUAUGGACAGGAUAAAAACAAUUUGGGCGAAAACUAACCGGUGGCAUCGAACUUUACUGCUGUUUUUUAUUGUGGAGUCGCGACUUCUUCCUGGAGGUCAGGUCGGCUUUGAAUGCAAUGAUCCUGCUCUGUCAUACCCGUUCACUGGUGAUACCAUUAAUUUCAAAUGGCUGUUUGUUGUCACCAUCUUUCUACCACUUAUAAUGAUUCUUCUAGUGGAAAGACAGAAGGACAGAUCGGAGUCGAACAGGGAGCAAGCUUUACAGUGGUACCGAGAGUACCUGUUCGGCUUACUCAUAAACGUCACUGUGGUGCAGAUGUUGAAGCUUAUAGUGGGGUCCCCGAGACCGCACUUCUUUGAAACCUGCCAACCACAAGAAGCUCUGACUUGUAAAGAUUCGGAGUAUGUGCCCUCAUACACAUGUACUCAAGCUCACUGGCUGAAACAGUCCGACAAGAGUUUUCCCUCCGGACACACCUCACUGGCUGUGCACUGCGCUCUCUUCGUCGCUUACUACCUCCACCAUCGAGCCACAGCUGCCCGCUGGGUGACAUACACGCAGGUGUCCAGCGUGCUGGCGGCCGCGGUGUGUGGCGUCUCCCGGAUGACAGACCACAGACACCACUGGUGGGACGUGCUGGCUGGGGUAGUGUUAUCGCUACCGAUACUGGGGUAUACGAUGUUCUAUGGAUGCAGUAACUUCAAAUGCCAAAUACGGAAAGAAGAAAAAUGCGAAGACAAACCUCAGAAAACAGAGGAAUUGAAAAAAGAAGUUGCUUCAUAACGUCAUACACUCUUUUCACCAGUCACCACAAGAUUAUUUAGGGCUUAUAUUUAAAGUUGAGGACUACUUGAAUCUCGAAAUUAGUACAAUGUCAAUUUAAGUAGCCUCUCACUUUAAGCAGUGUUUGAGAUUUUGGGAUUAGGUUACGAUAGCCAGGUCAUCGAACAUGCAUAAAUUCGUUUAUCGUUAUGUCUGUACGCACGCAAAUAUCACAUAACUGAAAACGCUAUGGCUAGUACAUAUAUGCGAGAGAGAGAGAGAGUGAGAGGCGAAGAGCGAAAUAGGUAAAUGGCCGAAUUUCUGCAUGUUCAGUGCCUGGAUAUAUAGCAAAAAACAAUUUCUGUGACACCUACUUCACCGCUAGUCUAUAAGGAAAUGUGAUAUUAUUUAUUUUCCGUGUGCUCCUAGAGUUUGACCAAAAAGCGUCUAUGUAAGAAAUGUCAGUAUUCAAAUGCAAUUAUUUAAUAGAUUUUCUAUUUUUAUAUUUUCUAUAUAUUUUCUAUACCUAUUUAAUUUACUUUCACCUGUUUUGGAUUUUGUUGCUUGUGUCUUAGACGAAAUUUACCUUCAUGAUCAAAACUCGAUACCAUAGAAUAUGAUUCAUAAAUAAGCGAAAUAAAAUCAAAUAUUUUUAAUACUACCAUAUUAAACUCAUGAAAGUCAAUGAAAGUAUGUAAGGAAAUCAACUUAUUAUUAUGUUAGUCAAAUAUACAAUUUUAUUUUAUGAUGCAAUAAAUAUAAAUUUCGC